CCCUAUGUCAUUUGCAUGCACACUCCUCCAAAGCAAACCCCUCUCUCUCUCUCUAAAAUACUUUUAUUUCCAUCCGUUGGUGAUCAUCGCUCACCUGUUCCUCUUCCUGCCACCUUUCCUGAAAUCACAGGAGGUUGAUCCUAAUAGAUGCAGUGAGUUAACGAUGUUCGGCUCAGGGCAGAAGACAGCACCAUAUUUCCAAAGGCCGUUGACGGAGAAAGUAUGGAGACCCAACACAGAGGUGGCUCCGAACUGCCCGAGGUGUGAGUCCACCAACACGAAAUUCUGCUACUAUAACAACUACAGCCUCACCCAGCCCCGCUACUUCUGUAAGACCUGCCGAAGGUACUGGACCAAGGGAGGUUCCCUGAGGAAUGUCCCCGUUGGUGGUGGCUGCAGGAAGAACAGGAGGGGAAAGUCCACAAGGGGUUCCAGUGAUCGUGAUCUGAAUUCCUUAGAUUCGAGCAGUUUAUCAUCCGAUUCUGAUCCCUCCAGGAACUGCGGCCGUCCCCAAGGCGAGGCCAGCAGCGACGGAGCACCAGAUAUUGAUCUAGCCGUUGUCUAUGAGAAAUUCAUGUCGCAGCAACCAGAGGCUCUCAAUUUUGAUCAGACUCAGCCUGGACAAUCACAAACCAGUUCAGCAAUAUUGCUGCCAGAUGUUUCUCCGCAGUUUGGUUCGAGUUUUGAGAUCGGAAUCGAUCGCAAUAUGUCCAAUUUUGGUGCAGCUCAGGCCAACAGUGAGGUGGGUGCACAAUUCCAGAGGUUCUGUGGUCAGGAUGCAGUGAGGGAGCUGGGUGAUGUGUUUCACGAAUUCAGAGAGGAAGAAUUCUAUGGUUCUACGGGGUUCGAGUGUGAUUUGGGUCUUCAAGAAAUUGUUGAUCCAGCAAUUCCAAGUUCUAGUUGGCAGCAGCAAAUCGUGGAAGAGCCUCCAAGAGCAGAACAUUUUAAUUUCUGCCCAGAUUAUUUUGUGCCCAACUGCUGGAGCUCCACUGAUCUGCAGAGUUAUGGGUCUUUGUAUUAGAUCUGAAAACUAUAGAAUAAUAAUCAAGAAGCAAGACAAAUAAACGUCUGUAAAAAAUUAUAGUCUUGAUUUGCAUUUUCACAACAAUAAAUAUAAUGCAUGAAUUUAUAGAAAAGGCGCUUGCUUAUGAGCAUGGCACUUGCAUUCAUGAGGGAUUUGUUGUAUGAUGCCUUCAUCAUUCCUUUUUUUUUUUUCCGUUUUACCAAUUUUUUUACUGCCUCCAAGUCUGCAAACGCUCGUGUGCCUGUUUUAGAAUGUAAGGAUUGAUGAAUGUACACACACACAUAUAGUCAUGAGUUUCGUGUUUCCUCC